GGGGGGGGGUGGUAGGUUGGUCGUCAGGCUGUCUCGUCUCUGUCUUGCCUGGGAAAGAAACUGGGCGGUUGCCUUACCGCUGGGGAAGCCGGUUUCACGUCCUGAGCGAUCUCGUUCGGCUUCUGGUGGCUUUCUGGCUUUGCGGAGCGGAUCAGAAAGGGGAGAGACGCAACAGCACCAGCACCAGCCCCAUCCAUGGCUUCCACGGAGGGUCUGGUGCCAAUUACCAGGUCGUUUCUGGCCCGCUAUUAUGACAAAUACGAGUGUGUUCCUCUCCACGACGAUGUGCAGCGUUUGUCUGCGGAGCUCCGGGAAGGUUCCAAGGUGCUGAUGGACGAGGCUGAACCCACCCCUGCCGAGGAGUCCGUCCUUCAAGAAGCCAACUCCGUUCCUCCACAUAAGAUCGAUCACAACCUCUGGAAGAACAGGGAGCACAUUGAAGAAAUACUGCAUCUGCUGGAGACAUUCAACUGGCCGAAGAAGCUUCAGCGACAAGAGACACCUGAAGAGGUUGACGUUGUUGUCAUUAUUGAAAAGGUUAAAACAAAACUAGAGGGAUUUCUGAAGUUCUUGGAAUCUUUCCAGGCCAAAAAUGCUGAUCACAUAUUUCAAGUGGUUAUGACCUACAUGCCUCAAGACUUUCGAGGUGCCCUAAUCAGACAGCAACGAGAACGCUCUGAGAGAAAUAAACAAGCUGAGGUUGAGUCUCUAAUUAAUUCUGGUGGAAGUAUUCAUGAUCGAUAUGCCUUAUUAUGGAAGCAGCAAAUGGAAAGAAGGAGGCAGUUGGCUCAACUUGGUUCUGCUACAGGUGUUUAUAAAACACUUGUUAAGUACUUGGUUGGAGUUCCUCAGGUUUUACUGGAUUUCAUACGACAAAUAAAUGAUGACCAGGGGCCUAUGGAGGAGCAAAGGCAGCGAUAUGGCCCCCCGCUCUACAGUCUAACUAGUAUGGUGAUCUGGAUUAGGUCAUUUUUGCUUCUUUUGUGGGGACGUCUGGAGGCAGGCAAUCUGCACAAGGAGAAGUUUGAUGUCUUGGAACAGGCUGUUAAUGUGUAUAUCUCUGAAUUGGAGCGGUUUCUUAAAUUUAUAGGGGAAGUUUUUCAAAAUUCUCCCUUCUUCAUUUCGGCAGACGAUGCCUGUGCUGCAGAAUCAAGGAAUAAUAAUGACUUCAAGGAAACAAUGAUUCCUGCUGGAAAAACUCAUGAGAUCUUAUUGAAUGUUGACUCAGUGAACUCCUAUAUUGCAUGGGAUUUCUCAUUGGUCCAAGGGAAAAUCAACUUGGAUAUAGGAUUCAGUGUGGAAUAUAUAAGUUCUACUGGUCAAGUCACAAUGAUCUUGCCCUAUCGGCGAUGUGAAUCUGACCAGGGAAAUUUCUGUACAUGCAUUGCUGGGUUAUACAAACUCAUCUGGGACAAUUCUUAUUCGAAUUUCUUCAAGAAGACGGUGCGAUAUAAAGUCGAUGCUAUACCACCUGUGGCAGAAGCAGCAAGGCUUGAAAGUGAAACAGAUGUUCCAGUGGUAACAAGUUGAAUCAUCAAUAGGGAUUGGAGAGGUUUCUAUCUUCCGAACAUAUAUUCUUAAGGAAGCCCCAUUUCUUCAUCAUCUGGAUUCAUCUUCUGGGCUGUCUUUUCUUCUCUCGUUCCUAAUUUCUAUCUGGGCUCAGCUCCUGGCUGCCGAGGGUUAUCACUGAUUAUUUGUAAUAGCAGCUACAUUUUACAGCACUGUAAUCAGUCCAUUUUAGAAUACAAAUCACUGGUAUUCUUUAGCUAGAGAA